AUGAAGGCGACUCUCAACUGGGCUGGUGUAGGGGAUGCACUUCAGACCAGCUCAGCCCCAUGCUGCCCUUGCAGUGAUGCAGAGGUGCUGUUGGCGGUCUGCACCAGCGACUUUGUCGUCCGAGGCUCCAUCCAGAACGUCACCCACGCGCCGGAGCAGCAGGAGUCCACCAUCCACCUGCACGUGAGCCGGCUUUACCGGCAGAAGAGCAGGGUCUUCCGGCCCGCCCCAGAGGGCGGCGGCUGGCGGGGGCGAGUUGCCACGCUGCUGGAGUGCGGUGUGAGGCCUGGGCGUGGUGAGUUUCUCUUCACCGGCCACAUGCACUUUGGGGAGGCCCGCCUCGGCUGUGCCCCGCGCUUCAAGGACUUCCAAAGGAUGUACAGGGAUGCCGAGGAGAGGGGUCUGAACCCCUGCGAGAUGGGUACUGAGUGACUGUGGGCGAGUCCACCGCUGCCGCAGCGAGUGCUCGGAUCGGGGGCUCCCUGGUGCUCAAGCCAUGGAGGCACGUGCCACGAGGUCCUGGCCAAGGACUCCCUGACUGAUGGGAAAUGUUGUAAAAUGCAAACUAAGUUAUUAUAUUUUUUUUUUUUUAAAGAAAAGUCCAUAGGAAGCAAACUCCA